UCGAGUUAAUAGUCAAUUUCGUCUCCGAAAGUUUUAUCGAUCUCCAUUUUCGUUUUCGAAAGUCAAAAUUAAUCAAAAACGUCCUCGAAAGAUACCUGUGUUGAUCACGUUCGUCCUUCCGUCUUCUCGGUUGAUGAGAUGGCAAACGGCCGCUUACGUGGUUGUAGCAUGUUGUUGCUGACAAGAUAAGUUUUGUAUAAGACAUCAAAUUAGUCCUUCGAGUUUAUAAACCCUAGUCCCAAAUCGAACGAUAAAUACAUCGAGGUGAUCACUUUCGGUGGCAGUAGAAGUAAGUAGGAGGCGUAAUCUCUGGCUGGCUGCGUGGAUGGAGAGAGGAGAUGGUGGUUGUGGUGGCGGUUUGUCAAAUGCAUCGCAGGACAGUCAUGGAUCCAGUGUUUUGAUGCGAAAGAGGAGGGUGAAUGCUCAUGAUAGAUCAUGUUUCUGUGGGCUGAAGACUGUGAUUAAGAAAUCUGGAACAGCGGAGAAUCCGAAUAGAUUAUUCCAUGCAUGUCCAAGGUACCGGAAGGGCAGUCACUGCAAUUAUUUUAAGUGGGUUGAUGAUGAUGAAUUUGAAGCAGUGGGUGUGUGUGGUACAAAGAAAGAUGCAGAAGCUGAUAUGGAGGUUGAAGGUGAGUAUGAUGAAUGGAGGGUGAAGGUGGCAUGGAAGCUGGGCACUUUAGAAGCUGAAGUUAGAGCUUUGAAACUGCUAAUGAUUUUGCUGUUUGUAGUAGUUGUGAUACUUUGUUGUUUCUUAUGUACUUCUAAAUGAACCCAGUUAUCCUCUAUGAACAUGUAAUGAUGUAUUGAAAUUGUUGAUUUGAAUGGGAGUAGUUAUUUGAAGUUGGAAGCAAUUCCCUAUCAAAUGUAGAUAAUUUUAUAAAAU